AUGCCCCCAGAUGUUGAUCUUGAGAAAGCCAAGUUAAAAGCUCAGAAAAACAAUGACCUGAGAGAGCAGGCGAAUCUCUGUAACAGGCUUGGAGAAGUCCUGGCAAGACAUGGUGAGUUUGAGGAGGCUAUCAGAGAGCACCAGCAGGAGCUGCAGUUGUCAGAGGCGCUCAGUGAUGUGAUAGGCCGUGCGAUUGCUAACAGGAAGAUUGGAGAAUGCCUGGCUGAGAUUGGGAACUACGCAGGUGCCCUGAAGCAUCAGCGCAGACACCUUGAACUGGCCCGGUCAGUCAGCAACGACAUCGAGGAGCAGCGAGCCUGGGCUACCAUUGGUCGAACGUAUCUGUACAUCUAUGAAACGGACCAGUCGCGUGAGUCGCUGAAGGAGGCAGAGAAUGCAUUUAGGAAAAGCCUGGCCAUUGUGGAUGAGAGGCUGGAAGGUAAGGCUUCCCGCCACGAGUUGAGUGAGAUGCGAGCCAGACUCUACCUGAACCUGGGCUUCCUCUACGACAACCUGAAAGAGGCGGAUAAAUGCAACCACUACAUCUGCAAGAGCGUCUUCAUCGCUGAGCAGAACCAUCUGUACGAGGAUCUAUACCGAGCUAAUUUCAACCUGGGCAGUAUCCACUGGCGCAAUGGCCAACACUCCAAGUCUGUCCGCUGUCUGGAAGCUGCCAAGGAGUGUGCCAAGAAAAUGAAUGAAAAGUUUAUGGAGAGCGAGUGCUUUAGCAGCAUCGGGCAGGUCUUCCUGAACCUCGGAGACUUUGUGGCUGCAAAGCGUUCCCUGAAGAAGGCGUUUACACUGGGAUCCCAGCAGCAGGCAGAGCGAGACGCAGUCAGGAGGAACCUCAAAAACGCUGUGAAAGGCUGCCGAUUGGAAGAAGCUUUAUCUGAACUGGCAGACAAGGAGCAACAGCAGCAAGAGUUAUUGGGUCUGUGUGAACAGCUUGGGGAUCUCUGCUGUAAGGUGGGAUCCUACCGCAAGGCCAUCGACUACUACGAGAUGCAGCUGAAACAUGCCAAAUUGUUGAGGAGGCCUGAUCGGGAGCUGGCUGUCAUUCAUGUCUCACUGGCAACCACCUUCGCUGACCUGAAGGAUUACAGUCAGUCAGUCAAAUAUUAUGAAGCUGAACUGGCACUGCGCAAGGGAAAUCCUAAGGAGGAAUGUGAGACCUGGCUAAACAUGGCAUUGGCUAAAGAAGAAGGUGGAGAAUCCUUCAGCGAGUUGGAGAAAUGUUACCGGAAUGCACUGCAGAUUGCUGAGCAGGCUGAGCUACCCCGACUGCAGUUGCGAUCACUGAAGCUUCUUCACUUGGCACAGCAGAGAAUGGGGCAUCCCGAGGCCAGUGUCACUCUGGCCCAGUUUGAAGACCUAUCUCAGGCCCAGGGCAGUGAGAGUGGGGAUGACAGUGAUACAGAGGAAAUGGAGAACAGUGAGCCGCUGGAAGAUAGUGAACUGGAGCUCUCUGACAGCGAGAUUGUCCGUUUCCUGUUGAACCACCCGGUGAAUGUGAAUGACCCUGGGGGACCCUACUGUGAGGGGAUCACACCACUUCACGAUGCUAUCACCUGUGGAAACUUCGAUGUGGCUGAGCUACUGAUUUUAAAAGGAGCCUCGGUGACAAUGCGCAACGCCAAGGGUCACACCCCGCUGGACAGUCUACACGAGUGGAAUCAGACUUACUGCAAACACCUGGAUCAGGAUACCAAACAGCAGUGCAAACGCAUCGAGAAACUGCUGAGGAGCAGCUCAGCCAGAGAUUUGCAGCCAGUUCAAGUCCUUCAAGACAGUGAACUGUUUGAUUCUGAGAGUUCACAGCCACAGGAGUUAAUCGAAGUGUGUGCUACUGCCUCUAUGUCUGAUCUCCCCAAUGAGCGAGAGAGAGGAUAUCGGCGCAAGGAUAUGGUAGGUCAGUGUCGAAGCAGACCGGAUUUGAGCACAGCUCCUGUGACCCAGACCAACCUGCUCUGGGCUCGGUUACACAGCACUGAUGAUCUGUCUGAUGGCCCUGGCAAGCCUCUAGUGUCCAGUACCCAGAUGACCACUCGCAACCGGCUGGAUUGGUCUGCUCUCGGGGAGGAGGGCUCUUCUGAAGAGGAGGUUCCAGUGGAGCUGUGCCAACCGGUGAAGAAACGACACAGGAUCAUAGGUCAGAUGUCUUCCACAGGCCCAGGACGGACAAACUCUAACAGUGGCCGAUUACCCACUCUGGUUGAUGACUCUGGUUCGAGUCAGGAAGAGGCGAGUGAGUGGCAUUCGCCUGGGACAGGGCAGGAAUGUGAUUUUGAUGCUCCCAGUGUUGGGACAUCCACUUAUCUGCAGGCUAUCCGGAAUUUAGGGAGUGCAAAAUCCAGGAUUUUAUCCCAAUCUUUAGCAGCGCCAUCCGUUCAGCCAGCACCGGCCACCAGGAAGUCGGCGUUGAUCCCAGAUAGUGAGUACACGGAGGACAGCUGGCUGGACGAUGAUCUGGGUAAUAGCCGAGCCAAGAAGAGACCCCGGGAACAGAGACAUGUGGGCAGGGUCACUGACCCAGAGGAGCCUGGCCUCGGUGGCGAAGGUGAUCCCAGUCGGAGCUCACAUCUGCCUGGGAGCCGUGAGAGGACCACUGCGCAGAAAAAACGCUCAAAGCAGAUGCGCAUGACCCAGAUAGUGGACAGGGUGGUGGUCAGGAGGACAGCAAAUGACAGCAACAGCAACAAUGUGAGGAGCACCUCUCUGGUCACUGGUACAACCAGCGAGCCAACAUCAGCUUCCAGCUCACUGGUAAUGUAUGGAACCGUUCGGUAUUCCACAGCGCUCUCCUCCCUAACCCUCUCAGACCAAUCAUCCCAUCAGAAUGAAGGGCCCAUCAGUUCUAUAGGGUGUCCUCCUGGGUUGGGCUGUGGCCCUACAGGGUGCCCCCUCCCAGGUCCAGUGGCCCUACAGGGUGCUCCCCCCCCCGGGUCAGUUUCAACCCUACAGUUUGCACCUGUCACCCCAGCAGCACCUCCAUCGAUCAGAGUGAGGGUCAGAGUGCAAGAUAAUGUCUUCCUGAUCCCAAUAGCACACAGUGACACUGAGGUACGGACUGUUUCCUGGUUGGCAGAACAGGCCACUCAGCGACAUUACCAAAUGUGUGGGCUCCGGCCCAAGCUCAUGCUGAAGAAGGAAGGGGCACUUCUGUCCCCACAGGAUCCCAUCAUCCAUGUUCUACAAAGCAACGAGGAGGUCCUGGCUGAGGUCGUGUCCUGGGAUCUGCCUCCACUCUCUGAACGAUACAAGAGGGCCUGUGACAGUCUGUCAUUGGCUGUUAAUGGUCUGGUGUUGAGGGUGUGUGAGACCCAGGAGAACAGUCCCUGCUUCCAGCUAUCCAGCCUGUCGCUGACCAAGGAGCACCUGACCCCCCUCCUGCGGGCCCUCAAACUGCAGACCACUGUCCGGCAGCUCUGCCUCUCCGCCAAUCGUCUUGGUGACGAUGCCAUGGAGGAACUGGUGGCCUGCCUGGUGACCAUGCCCAACCUGUCCGUGCUGGACCUCUCCUCCAAUCAGAUCACACACCAAGGCCUGAGGACUCUCUGUGAGACCAGCAGAGUCUCCCAGGAUGCCCCAUUCCAAAGUCUGGAGGAGUUGAACCUCAGCCUCAAUCCUUUGGGUGACGGCUGCUCUCAGUCUAUAGCCUCUCUCAUCAAAUCCUGCCCUCUACUGAGCACGCUGAAAUUCCAGGCCUGUGGGCUCACAGCCAAGUUCCUGCAGAAUUACCGCCUCCUGCUGACAGAAGCUAUGAAAGGCGCAGGGCACUUGAAGACAGUCUGCCUGUCACACAAUGCUCUGGGCUCAGUAGGAACUGAGCUGAUCCUACAGAGCCUGCCUCAGCACACCGUCAGCCAUCUGGAUAUCGCCGCCGUGAUCAGUAACCACGGUGACACUUUGGUAAUGGAGCACCUUGCCAGAUACCUGUCCCAGGGUGAUUGCAAUCUGACCCAUCUUAACCUCUCUGGGAAUCACCUGACUGAUGAUUCUGUCAGAGAUCUGUGCAGGUGCCUGUUACUGUGUCCAUCCCUGGUUUCUCUGGAUGUUUCAGCCAAUUCUGGGAUAACGACAGUGGGAGUGGAGAUGCUGUUUGGUGCGGUGAGAGAGCGGAGCUGUGGAAUGCAGUACCUGAAUGUUUCUGGCUCCUCUGUCCAUGGCCCAUCAAACGUCACGGCCCUCGGAGUAAAGCUUGGUGAGCUGAGGCUCUGCAGCAGCUGUCUCGAUAAGUACGAGAAGGACAGUGUGCUGAGCAGCUGGCAGGAUGGGGUAGCACACAAGGUUCAGACUGUGUCCCACCUCCACAAGUGUCUGAUCAGGGCACUGCCCAGUAGCCUCUCCUAAAACACAGUCCUCCUUUCACACAUGUCGCUGUUUAUAUGUAACUAACAUAUUUUUAUCUGUGCAUUUUGUUCUGAUUGUACAAUAUGUAUUAAACUAGAGAUAUCUACA